AUGUAUUUUUUAAUCAAAAAUUGCUUAAAAACCUUUUUUGGAUGGAUCAACUGCUUCGUUCUCGAUGAAAAAAUCUUCGAAAAUCGUCUUUUUGAGAUUCCUUUGAAGGGAUUGAGACUUUUUGGCUAUAUGAUAUCGAAGGAUCAGAAAUUUUGGAAGGUCCAUUGCUUCAGAGGAGCUCUUUUUACGUUGUCUUUUGUGCUUUUUAACAUCUUUCAGUACGUCGAUUUGUAUCAAACUUGGGGAAAUUUGGAUGUCAUGAUGGAAAAUGCUUCAACAACGUUACUUUUUACGACGACUUUGGUCCGUAUGUUCAGCUUUUAUCGAAAUCGAUCAAGAUAUUUUGCUCUUCUAAAGGAAGCUGACGACGAAAUAAGCGAAAUUUUAGACAAAAAUCAUCGAGGAGAAGUCAAAAUUUUGUUCAACAUCGUAAAAUACUUCAAAAUUCUCGCUCUUGGAUUCAUCUCAAUAGCUAUUAUAACCGCUAAUGGCAUGAAUUUAAACUCUUUUGUGCAGUCCUUCUUCUAUAAUCCCGAAAAAGACGCCUCUCCUCCAUUGAUUUUACGUUCUUGGGUCCCAUUUGACAUUUGGAGUCAUUUUUAUUCAAUUUACGCCUGGCAAUUUUAUAUCAUGUGGUUGGGCAUCAUUAUCGUUUCGAGUUGGCAUACCUUCAUUUUGUCUCUCAUGUGUUACUGCAUCGCUUUUUUGAAGAUUUUGAACCACAGGAUGGAAAAUUUCGAUGAAUAUGUCUUAAAUUUGUUGCCUUUUAAAGAAGUAAUUGAGAUCAAAAAGGCGCGAAACGUGAAUUUUUUGAAAAAUUUCGUGGUUUAUGACACAAAAGCUGACGAAAUAUUUGAAGAAAUCAUCAAAAAACAUCAAAAAUUGUUAAAAUUCAUCAAAAAAUUAUCAAAAUUGAUGGCGAUUUACGUUUUUAUUGACUUUAUUAUCUUCAGCGGACUCAUUUGCGCGCUUUUGUAUGAGACAUCGACGACCGACGAAGAGGUGCAAAAAGUGCUCGGCGUGUGUUACAUCGUCACCAUGAGCGUCAUUCUGUGGAUUCAUUAUUGGCAUGCGAAUGAAAUCAGCUACUAUAACUCGGAAUUGUCGAGAUCGAUGUUCAGAAGUAAUUGGUACACGCAAUCAUUGACGUUCCAAAAGAUGUUUUUGAUGUUCAGUCAAGCUAAUACGCCGCCUUUGAAGAUAAAAGCGUUCGCUUUGGUCAUCACGAUGCAAGUUUUCAUCGGCAUUUUUCGAGCAUCAUACAGCUAUUUUACGCUUUUGAGUCGCUUGAAUAAGAAACAUUCUUUGAUGCAAAAUUAA